UUCGAUUGCCGUAAAUAUACCUCAACAUAAACAUUUGUAAGUAAAUGGUGCGCUAACUGCAAACGUGGUUGGUACGGAAGAAAAGAAUAACUAUCACACAAACCAACAUUAAACUCUUAAAGAAGGAUCUGAUCUGGAUAUGUAUUCGGUUAUAAUUAAAUCUAAUUCUGUAAGAAUAUGGAGCUGUGCAUGUUCGAAUCCAUUUAUUUCAAGACAAACAUAUUUCAAUUUAAAGAGGUGCACCCCUUGUUAUUCAAAAUGUUUCAGUAGUAGUGAAAGCUCUUAUUGGUUUCAAAAAUAUUGGAAAAAGAAGAAAGUGAAAGAUGAGCAGAAUAAACAAAUCAGCCCUGUAAUAUUAAAAACUAAUUUUCAUGGUGGUGGUGGCAAGGUCACUGAUGAUAAAAGUCCAAAAGAUGUAGACAGUUACAAAGUAGUUCAAACAAUGAUUAGUCACGUGUGGCCAAAGGACCAACCUGCUUUAAAGUUAAGGGUGGUUGCAGCUUUUGGUUUGCUUAUUGGUUCAAAGGUUGUGAAUGUUCAAGUGCCGUUUCUAUUCAAAUACCUGGUAGAUCAUCUGAAUAACUCUCCUGUUGUAAUUGUUGAUGCGGAAACAGCCAUGGUGUCGCUUGCAACUGCCUUGGUACUUGGUUAUGGAGCUGCCAGGGCAGGUGCAUCUCUUUGUAACGAGUUACGCAAUGCAGUCUUUGCAAAGGUUGCUCAGAAUUCAAUCCGCAAGAUGGCACACCAAACGUUUUUGCAUUUGCAUUCGCUGGAUUUAAGCUAUCAUCUGUCUAGAAAAACUGGCAUGCUUUCAAAAGCCAUAGAUCGAGGAACAAGGGGCAUUGCGUUUUUCUUGAACGCAUUGGUUUUCAACAUUUUACCAACUGUCUUUGAAGUGUCACUCGUGAGUGGAAUAUUGGCUUGGAAGUGUGGUGUUCCCUUUUCUCUCACAGCAUUGGCAUGCAUUGCUGCAUACGGAACAUUUACUUUUACAACCACGCAGUGGAGGACCAGAUUUAGAGUUGCAAUGAACAAAGCCGACAAUGAAGCCGGAACAAGGGCGAUAGAUUCUCUUAUAAAUUACGAAACCGUAAAGUAUUUCAACAACGAGAAGUUUGAAAGUGACCAAUACAACGAAUUGUUGCGCAAAUAUCAACAAGCUUCGCUCAAAACAACAACGUCACUGGCGUUUUUAAACUUCGGCCAGAAUUUUAUAUUCUCUUCCUCUUUGACGGUCAUCAUGCUUUUAGCAAGCCAAGGGAUAAUACAAGGUAGUAUGACGGUUGGCGAUUUGGUAAUGGUGAACGGUUUGUUGUUUCAGCUCUCUGUACCGCUAAAUUUUCUUGGUUCUGUGUAUCGCGACAUUCGACAGGCUUUGAUUGAUAUGCAGAGUAUGUUUAGUUUGAUGGACGAAAAGAGCAAAAUUCAGGAAAAUCCGAUUGCCACGCCUUUAGUUAUCUCACAAGGCGAGAACAAAGAUAUUAUCUUCGAAGAUGUCUCCUAUAAGUAUGCUGACGGCGCAGAAAUAUUCAAGGAAUUGAAUAUGACAAUCCAAGGUGGUAAAAAAACUGCUAUUGUUGGUGGGAGUGGUUCUGGAAAAUCCACAGUUGUCAGACUGUUAUAUCGUUUCUUCGACCCUGACGAGGGCAGGAUUCUAAUUGGGGACACCGAUAUUAGAGAUGUGACUUUAGAAAGCCUACGUCAGAAUUUGGCCAUUGUUCCACAGGAUCAAGUUCUUUUUCAUGAUACUAUAUUUUACAACAUCAAUUAUGGUCGAGUAAAUGCGACAUCAGAAGAAGUGUACGAAGCAGCUAAAAUGGCGGAUGUUCACAACGCUAUCAUGCGCAUGCCACAUGGUUAUAAAACACAAGUGGGAGAGCGCGGUUUAAAGCUCUCCGGCGGAGAGAAGCAAAGAGUGGCUAUUGCUAGGGCCAUAUUAAAACACUCGCCCGUGUUGAUAUAUGAUGAAGCAACUUCGUCGUUAGAUUCUAUCACUGAAAAGCACAUCUUGACAUCACUGCAAAUGCUGACACAAAAUCGGACUUCAAUCUUUAUUGCACAUCGCUUAUCAACAGUUGUUGAUGCGGAUGAGAUCUUAGUCAUAGGAGAUCAUAAAAUCACGGAGAGAGGAACGCAUUACGAGUUGAUAGCCAAUCCAAACUCCUUUUAUUCAUAUCUGUGGCAUAAACAACACGAGAUUCACGAGAGCAGUUGAUACUUCGUGUGGAACAAUGGUAAAUAAUUUUUUAGAAAAACAGUGCCGAAAAAGUAGGUGUGUUCGAGUGUACUCAGUUAGAUUGUUAUGCCAUCUAGGACUUGUUUUAGACGUUGUCAGAAACAUUUAUGUGAAAUCUGUGAUUCGAUUUGGUGAUGGACACCACUAGGUUCAAAAUGUUUAAUUGAAAUUAGAAUCUUUUACUGCAAUACAGUUUAUAUAUUUUUUAUAUUUUAAAAAUAUUAAAAGUUUUUCGCAUAAACAUCUUCCCUUACACAUAGUUUAAAUUUUACAAUUAAAAAUAACCUACCAUUUACCGUUUUUAUAUUUUCAUAAGCAUGUGCGUUGAAGACAUAAAAGUCGGUGUAAAAAAGAAUUAUUCCUUGUACGUAAAAAAGUCCCUUGGUUAAUUUGACAUAAUUUGUAAUAAGAAAAUUAAAUGAUCAAGUUUGACAUAAUCAGGUUAUUCAGGAUUUUCACAAACCUUUAAAUUCGCCUGUUUUUUCUCAUCUUCGUGUUCAAGUUGUUUUUUAAAGUUGAUACGGAAAAAAUAACGGAAAUUUGAAAGUUUUUUCCAACAAACUUCAACCCUGGCCAUAAUAUUUGUGGAAAUGGUGGUUUUUUGGCUAUUUAUCCGAAUGAUGAAACAGCAUAACUAAACCUGCAAAGCAGACCACGUAAAAACGUUGCCCUGCGGUGGGUAAUCUGCCCCGAGGUGUAAAAGGGUCGGGAAAUUGUUGCGUACUGACGUCAGCAAAAGUUAACACGCUUUAAGAUUUUGGAUCUAACCAAAUAAGGCAAGAUCGUAAGUCCGCUAUGAGUAUUGACAAGUUUAGUUACUUAAAUAGAUACGGAAUUCUUAUUUGUUUCUUCCGAUCAAAUAAAUUUUGCCCUCCUUUUCACUUAUGUCUAAGUUUGUUGGUACCUUGAAGUUUUUAUUGAUUUUGAUUCCUAAAACCUUCCUAUUGUGUCGUAAAAAAGUUGAUGUUUUGCGGAAAAUAUAUUUUUCUGAUUCUUUUAGUGCAGUACGCCCGUGUCAAAUACAAGUUUGUUAUAAGAAUGGUAGAUAUAUACCACAUAUGUCACACAGUGUCCUGUUUAGCCUCCUUGUCAAUGCUCUUGCUCUCAUCAAACAGAUAGCCUGGGAACGGAGUUGUCGUGUUUUAUUAUGUUGUAUUUAUGUUAAAUAUUAUAAAGAUAAUUUAUAUAAAAAAAAUUCGAGAAGCGUAUGGUUUAUCGAAAUAUAAAUAAACACAAAA